UACCAGAUGACACUCGUUUGAAAUUAUUGGAUUAUAGUUUAAUAUUUGAAAACUGAAGAGCUAACAAUUCAAAAAGUAACAUGAUAAAUUUCAUCCUCUUAAGUAUAAUUUCUCUGCAGCAAGCGGACACCCAUGAAAAUGAAGUUAAAGAUACACCUUUUCUGCCAACAAAGCCUCAAAUUGAAUACUGUCGAUCAGCCAAUAUGGAAACUUUUACCUGCUGGUGGACCUCUCAGUCAGGCAGCACAACUGAUUCCAUGAACAUUAACUAUACUCUCACCUAUACUGUGGGAUUUGGGCCAGUAAAUGAAUGCCCUGACUAUGUGACAGGUGGAAAUAAUAGCUGCUUCUUUGACAGUAAGCACACUCAAAUAUGGGAGGUCUAUUGUCUAAAUGUCAAAGCCUGGAACACUUUUGGAUCUCAGACUUCUGAUGAAUAUUGCCUAGAUGUGGCUGAUGCAGUUGAACCAGACCCACCUGUGAAUAUCUCAUACAAAAUUACAAAUGACAGCUUUGGAGAAUCAGGGAAAACAGUGGUCAUAACCUGGCAGGCUCCUGAGACAGCUGAUGUAGACAUUGGAUGGCUCACAUUAAUUUAUGAGCUACAGUUUCGACUGUCAUCUGAUCCUGAAGAGUGGAAGGAAAAGGGUAUUCUACGGGAACCAUGCAUGGAAUUAAUAGAUCUUCCAUCAGGAAAUUACAUGGUGAGAGUCCGCUGCAAAUCAAAAAAUUCUGGUCGCUGGAGCAAAUGGAGCAGACCAAUUACAAUGUUCAUACCAUCUGAAAAAUCAAAAGGCACAUUGCUGGCAUUAAAUCUGACAACUGGAAUAAGUAUAACUGCAAUAGUCGUUAUUGGAUUUGGUGGGGCCUUUCAUGGAAAAAGGAUUAAAGCCUUUGUCUUACCUUCAGUUCCUAAACCAAGAAUCAGUGGGAUUGAUCCACUUCUUUUGAAGAGAAACAAUAUGGAAGAAAUAGAUCACUUCUUCAGUUCCUUCCUUGGAUAUAUCCCUCCACAAUAUCUCGAGGAACAGCAGUUUGAUAUCAGCUUGGAAGAAAGCUUCACUUCUAUGGAUUUUGAUAGUGAACCGGAGAUUGCACGUGCAAAAGAUAGUUUGGGAAGUGUUUCAGUUGGAAAGCAGGAAAAAGAAUCCAAACGUAUACCAAAGCUGGAAAAUUCAGAUUAUGUUGAGGAACAGAAGAUGGAAACAAGCUUGAAUAAUAAUAGUGACACUGAGAAGAAUCUCAGUCAGAAUGCUGGAAAUGUGCAAAAUCCAAAGACAUUUUCUGGUUCUGAUGUACAAUACAACAUUUCUUUUUGCCUAUCAAAAGACAGUGGAAAUCAAGAUUUAUAUACCUGUGUUAAUGCAGUGUGCAGCACUGGGACGGUUUCUCUUCUUCCUUGCUUAGCAAGCCAUGAACAGCCAUUGAGUUCCACUAGUAAACCAGAGAGCAAGGAGAAGCAGGAGUCUGAAUUGUACCUGGUGCAAAACCAUGUCCCAUCCAGUCCUACAAGUACUCCCAAUGUGGGAAAACACAGAAUGGCAGCAACAGACAGCUCCAUUGUGGAGGAGGCAUCUGAGAACUUAAAAUACACAACAGUGGAAGCUUUACACUUAUUUCAUGCGAUGGAGUCAGAUGAGGACUGGCCCACUAAGAUGUGCUGUGUGGAGACCAUUCCCGGGGGA